UUGAUACAAUUCAGUGUUACAAUGGUAACAGGUAGAAGUUUCCAGAAAAUGUUUAUGUGAAAAGUGCAAAGAGGCAUUAUCUGACAUGCCUGCCACAAUUUUUUCCAAGUCUUACAGCUGUAAUAUUACACCAUCUACUGUUACUGCAGUUUUACCAUACCCCCUGAUUUCCCCCUCCCAGAUUUGCAAAGUUAUUACUUUUUUUCAUUUUAGUGAGAUGGCUGAACUUGUUUAAAUGAAAGUCUGCAACUAUUCCAUCAUAUAACCAUUAGACUGGAUAUAUAAUGCAGAAUGUUAAGUUGUUUUUUGACUGUAUGGUCAGAGUGCAAUUGUGUAAUCAGGAAAUGUGUUCUAGUAUAAACAUAAAGUCCAUCUGCAGUCCAAAGUAAUCUGCAUGGUUUCUAAAUGGUACUAUUCUCAGCAACCUUAUGUAUCUCAUACAACAGCAAUCAGCCUUUAAGUGAUGACUCCUAACAGAAAUAGCACAUGGGGAAGGAUCAGACAGCGUCUUUUUCGUAGUGUUCACUUGUCUAUUUUGAAAAUAUAUUGUACUAUAGGUUUCAAUGUUUGUAUUCUACUUACUAUCUUGUAGUAUACUGGUUAGCUGAGAACACUCAGUUUUCUUGCUGCUAAAAUUAAAGAUUCUGAUUAUAAAUAUAGUUGCCAAAAAUGUAUUAAUUAAUUAAUUAAAAUGAAUGGUCUCUAGUCAAUUUGUCACUAUAAAUAUAUCUGAAACAAUUUGUACAUAUUACAUCACACUUAUUGAAUACUAGUAUGUAUUUCAAAAAUAUUGAUUUCAAUAAAAGGCUAAUUUUUUUUUGAGUGCACUUGUCAUUCAAAAAUAUUGAACAUGUAUUAUGUAAUUGGCUAGCUAGUUAGCUAGCACUACAAUACCUUGGCAUAGCUUUAUUUUUAUGUAUGCAAGCUAUAUGGUAUUGUGACAAAUAUCUUUGCUGAGAUAUUUCAAGAUAAGAUGUGAAGAAAAUGUCAAAAGUUUUGUAAGACUAAGUUUUCUGUUUAAAAGGAAACACUUCUAGGUACCUCUUAACACUUCUUCUAAUUACAUAUGAAUAGUCCUGAAAUCCUGCUGCAAGUGUAUUUUAUAAGGUGAAGAUGUUUAUUUCUAUUGUGUAGUUCUAGUCUGCUCCUUUCCACUAUAGACUCUUUUCAAUUAAAUUCACUUUCUGCUGUGCCUGCUAGUUCCCAAUAUCACAAAAGUAUUAGUAAUUUGCCAAUUUUAAAUUUUCCUUGUGUUAUUGCAAAGGUUGCUUCAUUUGUAUGAACCAGUGCUCUGUGAGACAUAAAUGCAGUCCUCUAGGCUCUACACAGAAAAACCACAUCCCCGCCCUAAGAUAACUACAUACACAUUUGCCUGACACAGACAUAUGUUCCUAUUUAUAGAACUGGUGUGGUACAACUUGGUAUAACAGUUUCCUUGCAGUUCAACUGGGAGAAAUUGAAGGAGAAAGACGGACACAGAAACAAGGCUAUGAAAAAGUUAUUCAUCCACUCUUUUUAAAACGCUUCUAUGGCAUGGAUGAGGAAUCGUGUUUUGUAAGGGAAACUCCUUUUGACAAGACCUUGAAAUUGGCAGAUGAAGCUUUUUCAUACAAAAUUUACUGAACAUCAGGAAUAUUUUACUUUUGCUACUAUCAAUACAUAGUCAAAGAUAAAAUUAACACAUUUAGAGACAAACACAAGAACUAAAAAUCUGGUCCUACACACCGGAUUUCAAAGUUUGGCAUGAAAGCACAGAAGGAGACUGGUAAUUAAAGGGCGUCUAAAAAAAGAGCUGGACAGAGGGCGAGGCUGUGGAGUCAUAUGUGGAGGCACAGUAACUCUGAUUCUAAAAGAAGAGCUGUUUGAAUCCAUACAGGCUGCACCACGAGGAUUUACUCAUGGAUCCCUAUGGAGGUCACUACCUGAACCGAGAAGCAGUGUUGUCUUUACUGGGUAUGGCUCGCACGUGCCAACUGAUAUUGGGCUGCACCACGAUGGCUUUGGUGACUCACAGCGCAGGCUUCAGUGCCACCUACGGCACUUUCUGCAUGUUCGUGUGGUGCUUUUGUUUUGCCAUGACAUUGAUUAUUUUUGUACUUGAUGUGGUUCGCCUGCAUGGCUGUGUGCCCAUCUCCUGGGACAAUUUCACUGUGGCCUUUGCCAUGCUUGCCACAUUAAUGUACAUCACAGCUUCUGUUGUCUACCCUGUAUACUUCCUCAGCAAUGAAUGCCCGACUGAAGGCUGUGAAGUGCGCAACUAUCGCAUUGCUGUUACUGUGUGCUCCAGUAUCUGUUCUUUUGCCUAUGGUGCCGAGGUUCUCCUCACACGGGCCAAACCAGGCCAUGUAGUGGGUUACAUGGCCACCAUGUCAGGCCUGCUAAAGGUAGUUCAGGCCUUCUUUGCUUGCAUCAUCUUUGGUGCUUUGGCAAACGACAGUGAGUACCAUCGCCACAUUCCCACACAGUACUGUGUAGUUGUCUACAGUCUAUGCUUUGCCAUCACAGUGGUAGUGGUGAUUCUGACUGUCUCAGGAAGGACUGUAGUUCUGAGGCUGCCGUUUGACCGCUUUGUGAUUAUAUACACUUUCCUGGCAGUCCUGCUGUACAUGAGUGCUACUGUGGUGUGGCCGGUCUUCAGUUUUGAUAAGAAGUAUGGCUCUCCUGGGCGACCGAAUGAUUGCCCCCAGGGAAAAUGCCCAUGGGACAGCAAGCUUGUGGUGGCAGUGUUCACCUUUGCCAACCUGGUGCUCUACAUCAUCGACCUACUUUACUCUCAGAGGAUCCGCUUUGUCUCACAGUCAGCUGCCUAAAAUAGCAUUUCUGCUUCUACUUGCUAUGAAAUAAUGCAUCUAUUGAUGCUUAUCCAGAUAUUAUCACUAAUAUUUCGUAUCUCUGACUUUUAUGAUAGAUAGAUAGAUAGAUAGAUAGAUAGAUAGAUAGAUAGAUAGAUAGAUAGAUAGAUAGAUAUGCUUAUGUGAUGGAAAUCCUGUGAUAGAUUCAUUUUCAUGUAUGCCUUUCAGUGUUACUUAAUAACAAAUUAAUUCAGUCACAUCUUGAAUUUAUAAAGUCAUGUUUGUUUGUUUUUUUCUUUAUGUCUAUUUAUAAUAUCCAUUGAUUUAGAUGAUGACUGAAGCAUUUUACUCUACACUUAAGUAUAUUGCAGGGUAUUUUUUCAAGCAUGUAUCCUGUUACUGGAUGUAAUACUUUGUUGCUAAAUUCUUGAACUCCUUCCUCUUAACCAGAGCUCUUUGUUAUAACUGACCAUACAUUAAAACUACUGUUUCAUUAACAGAAUCUUCAGAGAUCUUUCACUUUCAUUUUAUUCUGUUAUUUUACAGCAUCUUCUGUGUACUCUGUGUGGUGGAUUUAUAAAUUGUGGCAGUAAUUUAUUUAAUUUAACAGGAAUGUGAAUCAACCUUGUCACCUAAAAUAUGUUUAACUCAAAUGUAACUCUGGGCAUGUAGGUUAUCAUUCUAUCUGUAUGUCAUGAUGAACAAUGUUUCAUCAAGAAACAUUUACACUACACAUUUUUAGAGUCUACUUAUAUAUUAGCAUACUGUGAGACUCAGUGUCAGGAAUCAAAUUACCAUUCAGCACCUAGUGAUCUACCAAACUGGAGGUUCACUGGUUCAGUUCCACAUUGUCCCACUUACAUUUGGUACUCUGGUCAGGAGACAUUUAAAAGAAGUUCAGGGGUAUAAAAAAGAUAAGCAUUGUACAAUAUGAGAGACCCUUGGGAGACCCUUUUACCAUCACACAUCUACCAUCCAAGCAUCCUAUGUCUGUUAUGCUGUACUUUAACUGUUGUAAGUUCACUCUACACUUUUGUUAUCUGUAUGCUUGGGUAUAUAAAUAUUAUAUUCUGUAUGUGUUGCUGCAUUUUUUUUUGUAAGUCACAUUUGCUGCAUUUCAUUUGCUACUACAAACCACUAGCACUAUAAAAGAAUCUCCACAUUUAUUUAAAUUACGUU